AAGAUACGUUUAUUAAAUGUACCAAUGCCCGCGAGAGCCUAAGGUAUAAUUUUAGUUCGUAUUUUGAAGACUGAUUGAAUGCACAGUAACGUAUGUGUUGCGGUGUUGUGAAAUGUGAACGUAGUUGCUGAUUUUUAUCCACCAGAAAAAAUAGGUAGACCUAACGAUAUGAAGUCACAAAAGGAAGCGAGCGCUUGGGUGAAGUUUCGGCUGUUGAUGUGGAAGAACUUCCUGCAGCAAUGGAGACACCCUCUGCAGACUGCCACAGAACUACUGCUGCCAGUCGUCACUAUGUCGCUGAUCCUACUGCUGCGAUGGCAGAUCGAGCCCCUUUCAGUAGACGUCAAAAUGUUUCCACCAGUUGCUGCUUACAGCCUAAAUGACAAUAGGACACUUCAAGUAUUGGCAGGAAUGAAUUUAACAAGAAUGUCAAUUGCGUAUUCGCCAGAAAGCGAAGUUUUGGAAGAGGUGGUACGAAAUGCCGUGGCAAAAUUGUUUAUAGAGAAUGCACUAGAUGUGUUACCCGUUAUAUUUGAACACCUACAAGAAAUAGACUGGUCUGAAAUAGACUGGUCCGACAUUGACUGGCCUAACAUAAACUGGCCUGAUAUUAAUUGGCCUGAUAUAGAUUGGCCUAAUAUAGACUGGCCUAACAUAGAUUGGCCUGAAACUGGAAUAGGGUUACCACCAGAUGUAAAUAUACCCAAUUCGACAGUGGUGUUACAAUUUUUGAGGUCACUGGUGAGAGUACAAGCGUAUAACAGCAGUAACGAACUCUUGGGUAUUUACACUGAGGAAGAGAAUACACGUAAAGUGAUAGCAGCCGUUGAAUUUGACGAUGGACUGCUAGGGGCAACAGAACUGCCAAAACAAAUAUCGUACGCGCUUAGAUUUCCCGAACGUCCCCGUUUGAAUUCAUUCUAUUUGACCGGGUCAAGAUAUUGGAGAACUGACGCCGUGUUUCCCGCUUUUGAGAUGCCUGGCCCUAGGUCUCCGAAUUCCCCAAUAGGCGGCAGCGAUCCAGGUUAUUACAUCGAAAUGUUCGUUCAACUGCAGCACUACAUAUCGACUGAGUUGAUUUCUAAAAUGACCGGUCAGAACCUUAGCAGUUUCAAGAUGGAUUUCCAAAGAUACCCGCAUCCUGCUUACCAUGAGGACUUGGCUAUCGAAGUUUUGCAGAUGUUGUUUCCCAUGUUUAUAAUGAUUACCUUCAGUUAUACGGCGAUCAAUAUAACCAGGGCUGUCACAGUCGAAAAGGAAUUGCAACUUAAAGAAACUUUAAAAAUAAUGGGCUUACCAACAUGGAUUCAUUGGAUGGCGUGGUUCUGGAAGCAAUUCAUUUUCCUGAUAGUUACAUCUGCUUUUCUCAUCGUUUUAGUAAAGAUAAAUUGGUUCACAAGUGAAGAAGGGUUCAGCGAUUACGCCAUUUUCACAAAUACUCAUUGGACUAUCAUCUUCUUUUUUUUGGCGCUUUAUUGUGCUUGCACGAUCUUCUUUUGCUUUAUGAUCAGCGGAUUCUUUUCGAAAGGUAGUAGUGCGGCGUUGUUUACUGGAGUGAUCUGGUUCUUAACGUACAUUCCUGCCGCGCUGAUGAGCUUCGACGUCAGUAUGUCGCUGGCGGUGCAGAUUAUGAUGUGUUUGAGUAUCAACACGGCGAUGUCAUAUGGUUUUAGCUUGAUUCUUGGUCGGGAGAGCAUAGGAGGAAUGUCAUGGGGCGACUUCAUGUCUUCUCCCGCUGCGGGCGACAAUCGCUUGUUAUUCGGCCACGUCGUCAUAAUGUUGGUGGUGGAUUGUAUUUUAUACAUGCUGAUAGCGUUGUAUCUUGAACAAGUCCUACCGGGACCGUUUGGCACCCCUAAACCUUGGUACUUCUUUGUGCAGAAGAAUUUCUGGUGCUACAAUAAGAAAUCUCAAGGUGAAGUAUACCCGGAAGUAGCUGAAAAUCAAAGAGUCACAAUGGAGAAAGAACCGAGUGAUCUGAAUACGGGUGUUAAAAUGAAAAAUCUGACUAAGUAUUAUGGCGCCAAUAUUGCAGUAAAUAAUUUAACUUUAAACAUUUAUGAGGAUCAAAUUACAGUUUUACUCGGCCACAACGGUGCGGGGAAAUCUACCACUAUAUCUAUGUUAACAGGUAAUCUUGAAAUAAGUAGCGGUUCGAUAUGGCUAGCCGGCUACGAUAUGACUCAUCAAUCUAGCGAUGCUCGAAGUCAUCUAGGGUUAUGUCCCCAGCACAAUGUUCUAUUCAAUGAGUUAACUGUAGAGGAGCAUUUAGAGUUCUUUGCGAGACUGAAAGGAUUCAAAAGCAAAGAGCUAAAAGCGGAAAUAGAUUCGCUAAUUGAGAAAUUGGAACUUCAAGAAAAGCGAAACUACAAAUCGGAAGGUCUGUCUGGCGGUCAGAAGCGUCGUCUGUGUGUCGGUAUCGCUUUGAGCGGCGGCGCAAGAGUUGUGUUGCUGGAUGAACCCACCUCCGGCAUGGACCCGUCUUCCAGGAGAGCUCUCUGGGAUCUGCUGCAGAAAGAGAAAAACGGGCGUUCAAUGAUUCUCACGACCCACUUCAUGGACGAGGCGGACAUCCUCGGCGACCGCGUGGCCAUCAUGGCGCACGGCCAGCUGCAAUGCGUGGGCUCCCCGUACUUCCUCAAGCAACACUACGGUGUCGGCUACACGCUAGUUGUAGUCAAAGAUGAGAACUUUGACGGCGAUGCGUGUACUGAACUCCUUAGUAAAUAUAUUCCGAACAUCACGGUAAAAGAAGAUAGAAAAACCGAAUUUACUUACUCCUUGACAACUGACUUCUCACAUAGAUUUGAGGAAAUGCUUAAUGACUUGGAAAGAAAUGUUGACGUAAUCAAAUUUAAGAACUAUGGGCUUGAUCCCACUACUUUGGAGGAUGUAUUUAUGUCCGUGGGUUCGGACAUGGCAGCGGCAGGAUCGGAAUCCGAUGAGACUGACACCAAUACAGAGAUCUCAGAUUCUGUACUAAGGCAUGACUUUGAUGCUUCAUCCGUGGAACAGUUAGAUGGUGGCGAGGAAAAAGUGACAGGAUUGCGAUUAAUUUGGCAGCACAUUCAUGCAAUAUGGAUCAAACUGUGGCUGGUAAAAAUCCGUUCGUGGGGACUAAUUCUGCUGCAGUUAUCGGUGCCAAUAGUGCAGAUCAAUGCAACCCUCGGAAUAUUGCAGUACAUUAUGACUUUAGUGCCCACGAUACAGUCACGGGCGCUGACGCUGGCUGAAGGGUACGUUAGUACAGAAACUUUCUUGAAUUUCAAUGGGUCAGAGGCGUCCUCUCUCGGAUCCCUAGCAAAAGCUGCGUAUCAAUAUAUGGUCAACAACUCUGGCGUUCAAUCUAUGCAAGUGACCGUUGUAGAAAAUCAACCAAUUGAUCAAUACUAUUUGGAUCGUGCCAAUGACACCGCCGGAAUGGGUGAAAUGCGCCACCGGGUUCUGACCGGUGCUACUUUCGGCGAUGACUCCGUUACAGCUUGGUUCAGCAAUUUUGCCUAUCACGACAUGCCGAGUUCAAUGGCUGCAGUACACAAUGCGUUGUUGAAGGCAGUCGAUGCGGCGGCAGAAAUUAAUGUCUUCAAUCAUCCGUUACCGGCCACUUACGGAGAUCAGAGUGACAUGGAAACGAUGGUAUCAUUCCUCUCGCUCCAACUGUCUUCGGCCAUCGGAAAUAGUUUAGGUGUAGUGAGCGCUGUAUUUGUCAUGUUCUACAUAAAGGAGCGAGUAUCCCGAGCUAAACUUUUGCAAAAAGCAGCCGGUAUACAGCCGAUCGUGAUGUGGGGUGCCGCCGCCUUCUUCGACUGGAUCUGGCUUUUAAUCAUAUCUCUCACUAUCAUCAUCUCCUGCAUCGCUUUUAGCGUCAUCGGGCUGUCAACAUUCGCGGAAUUGGGGCGUAUGUUCCUCUGCAUUAUGGUGUAUGGCGCGGCAAUGUUGCCAUUCCACUACAUAGCUUCAUAUAUGUUCGAUGGCCCGGCACUUGGUUUCGUCGUUUUAUACUUCGUCAAUGUAAUAUUGGGCAUGAUGGGGCCACAAAUAGUAGAGGCGCUGGCGUCGCCCGCACUCACCACGCAGGAAGUGGCGAAGAUCCUCGACUACGUGCUGCAGUUCUUCCCGCUCUACAGCCUCGUCUCGGCGAUAAGGUCAUUAAACCAAAUCGGCCUCACAGAACAUUCGUGCCUGCUGGUUUGUGACUACAUACCGUCUAUCUUGAACGUCACCGACUGCACCUUGGAGGCCGUAUGCAAUUUGGGAAUGACUAAUUGCUGUGUUCGCGAAAACGCUUAUUUUGAUUGGGAAGAGCCAGGAAUUCUCCGCUAUUUGGUAGCCAUGGUUGUUUCGUUCUUCUUGUUUUGGACCAUACUUCUUAUUGCCGAGUACAGACUAACGCAGAAGUUGUUUACGCGCACUCGCAAGCCUCCAGUGUUGGAUGAGAGCACACUAGACGAGGAUGUCCUCGCUGAAGCGCGCGAGGUUCGGAGUUCAGCGGACAACAGCCACAAUCUCGUAACCAGAGAUAUUACCAAGUAUUACGGGAAAAACCUCGCCGUCAAUCAGGUCUCCUUCAAGGUAAGCCACUCGGAGUGCUUCGGGCUUCUGGGCGUGAAUGGCGCAGGCAAGACUACUACAUUCAAAAUGUUGAUGGGAGACGAGGGUAUAUCUAGUGGAGAUGCGUUUGUUAGCGGAUAUUCUGUUAAGAAAAAUAUUACAAAUGUUCAUAAGAAUAUCGGUUACUGCCCGCAGUUCGACGCGGUGUUCCCCGAGCUGACGGGCCGCGAGACGCUGCGCGUGUUCGCGAUGCUGCGCGGCCUGCGCGAGCGCACCGCGCGCGCCAAGGCCGAGGCGCUCGCGCGGGCGCUCGGCUUCACCGUGCAUCUGGACAAGCAGGUACAUCAAUAUUCUGGCGGCAACAAGCGCAAGCUGAGCACCGCUAUAGCGCUUCUCGGGCAGACGCAACUCGUGUUCGUGGACGAGCCCACCACCGGCGUCGACCCCGCUGCCAAGAGACAGGUGUGGCGAGCAGUGCAAGGUGCCCAACGUUCAGGGCGCGGCGUGGUGCUGACGUCGCACAGCAUGGAGGAGUGCGAGGCGCUGUGCUCGCGGCUCACCAUCAUGGUCAACGGCCAGUUCCAGUGCAUCGGCACGCCGCAACACCUCAAGAACAAGUUUUCUCAAGGAUUCACUUUGACCAUCAAAAUGAAAAUGAAUGAUGAUCCGAAUUCGGAAGGAAUGCUGAGGUCGACUAAUGAACUCAAAACUUAUGUGAAUAAUAAUUUCACUACUCCUAAAUUAAUGGAGGAAUACCAAGGGCUUCUGACGUAUUACCUACCGGACCGCAGCACUCCGUGGUCGCGGCUGUUCGGCACCAUGGAGCGCGCCAAACAAACAUUAGACGUGGAGGACUACAGCAUCUCGCAGACUACGCUUGAGCAAAUCUUCCUGCAGUUCACAAAGUACCAGAGGAACGCGAAAGGCGUAGUGGAAUCGCCUGUUGUGGAGACAGAGAGACUUUGACGUUGAGAGCGUUGUGUUCAGUUAAGGCAGAAAAUUAAUGUUUAUUCUAUUUAAAGGUAGGACGAGAGUAUUGAUGACCAAAUUUUAAUCAUUGUGAAUUAUGAUGGCUUUAUUAUAUAUAAUACUAACUGGCUAAUUAAAUAUAUUUUUUUAGUUUUAAGAUAUAUUUUCUAGAAGUUAAACACGUGUAGAAAAAUCGUAAUGGACAAAAAAUAAAGGGAAUUUAUUUAUUAUUGUAGGAAACGUGCGUUUUCUGCUCGUUUUGAUUAGAAUUUAAUCAUAAAAUCGUCGCAUGUAUUGUAAUAUUUAGAAAGUAAUAAUAAAAACUAUAGAGAUGGAACUAUUUUAUAAGUCUUUAUGUUGACUUUGUACAUAAUGAUGAAAAUGUAAGUAGCUUUUACAUACAUACAUAAAAUCAUAAUGUAGCUUUUAUUUAAACGA